AUGCUAACGUUGUUUCGAUUAAUUUCAUUUAUUUCAUUAAUAUUACAUACUGCCGCCGUCAAUGAUGGUAGAAUCAGCGAGAAUCCUUUAUCGACUGAAAGAGGAAGUGGUACAAAUAUGGGAAGCGGUGCAGUAUGGAAUGGAGGCAACGAAAUCAGUCCACAAAAACCGAUAAAUACGGCAAGCUCCAAUUUCCAGUAUUUUUGUGGAUACUGCAUUAUGAAUUUAACGCAAUCAAGUGAUUGCAAUCCAGGUAAUUUCGAUUUUAACAAUGUAACGACGACUAUAAGCAACCAGGGUCUCAACUUAGAAGGGGACAACUUCAAAUGUGAACAGUGUCAAUCUGAACAGCAAAGUAAUUUCCAAUCUUUUGGUGGUCGUAAUUUUGGCUAUGGUCAGGCACUUAUUUUCAACUAUAGGGGAUUCGAUUGCAUCAGCUGUGAUAGUAACCGAGAUAAUCAAUGUCUUUUCAAGUGUCAAGGCUGCCACUUUGAAAGAAGAAGUAGUAGUGGUAUCAAAAUUGACAGAGGAGGGUGGUACCCGAGUAACCAGGGCCCUUGGAAUCCGAAUGACCAAGGAAGAAGCGGCUGGUAUCCGAAUAAUCGAGGAGGAAAUUGGUGGUAUCCUGGUGGGCCAGGAGGUAGCGGGGGAUAUCCAGGCGGCCAGUCGUAUCCGAGUGGUCAGGGAUAUCCUGGUGGUCAACAGUACCCGGGCGGCCAAGGAUAUCCAAGUAGCCAAGGGUACCCAGGUGGUCAAGGAUACCCGGGGGUUCAAGGAUACCCGAGAAGUCAAGGAUACCCGGCAGGUCAAGGAUACCCGGGAGGUCAGGGAUACCCGGGAGGUCAAGGAUAUCCGGGAAGUCAAGGGCACCCGGGAGGUCAGGGAUACCCGGGAGGUCAAGGAUACCCGGGAGGCCAAGGAUACCCGGGAGGUCAAGGAUACCCGGGAGGCCAAGGAUACCCGGGAGGCCAAGGAUACCCGGGAGGCCAAGGAUACCCGGGAGGUCAAGGAUAUCCGGGAGGUCAAGGAGGCGGUGGAUGGAACAAUCAAGGAGGAACUGGUUGGUAUCCGUACAACCAAGCUGGAAAUAGAUACACGCAACAGAGUGGAAGUGGCUGGCCUAUUAGAAACCAAGACAGUAACUGGAAUCCAAACAGACAGACUCCGAACAGCCAAGGAACAAAUAGUUGGCCUCAAACAGGAACUGGACCGAACUGGAACAGCCAAGGAACAAAUGGAUGGUAUCCAUCUAUUCAAAGUGAUUCGACAAAAAGAUGGACCAAUCUGAAUGGUUAUGGCUCAGAUGGAAAUCUGAGAUCUAGAGGGCUGUAUCAAAAUAAUAAUGAUCGAAGAAGCGAUUUAUUGCGCAGCAAAUUUUAUUAUUAUUGGUGA